CAACAAGUGUUGAGUAUCUUAAAGCUGCAGCCGCUGGCCAAAGCGCUUGGAGAGGAGGCAACCCGAGAGGACCUGCUGCCUUUCAUCGCCUUUAACUAUGGGGAAUUCCACGACGAAGUCCUGCUGAAUUUGGCCGAAGAGUUGCUCCACUUUGUGCCUCUGGUUGGCGGCUUCGAGCAUGCGGAGGUCAUCUUCAACAUCCUGCAAAAGCUGUGCCUGACCGAUGAAAAUAUCGUGCGAGAACGAGCGGUUUGCACCAUAAUCGCUCUGCAGCAAACCAUGAGCCGCCAACAAAUUGAGGAUCUUUUACUGCCGGUUAUCAAUGCGCUGACGAAAAACGACUGGUUUACCAGCAAAUGCUCGGCAGUUAUGAUGUUUUCGCCGUUGUAUCCAAGGCUGGGCCAAACGAGAAAAGCGGAGUUGAGGAACAACUUUAAGACUCUCAUUCAGGACGACUCCUCAAUGGUGAGAAAAGCGGCAGCAAUAGCGUGCGUCGAUCUUGUGCAGGUGGUUGAGGACACUUUCCUCGAGGAUGAAUUCGUGCCGAUUUUUCAGGACAUUGCUCAAGAUCCAAUGGACUCAGUUAGGGUGGGCGCAAUCGACAUCGCUCUAGCCCUGAUGAAGCGACUGCAUGAAGAUGGGCUGGAUGAUGUGAUAUUUAAAACCCUUGAAGAUGUCUGUGAUGACGCCUCCUGGAGGCUGCGCCAAAGCCUCGCUUUGAGCCUGGCAACCCUGCAGCAGCAGCUCCCCUAUGGGAAAUACCGCUGCAAGCUGCUCGCCCUCUACCAGCAGCUGGCGCAAGACGCUGAGGCGGAAGUUCGCGUGGUGGCAGCCUCCAGCCUCUUCCGGUACUGCGGCUACCUCAAAGAAUCCUACCAGACGGAGGAAGAGAACGAGAAUAACUUCGAGCCAGUUUUCGAGCAAAGCGUGAUGGCAAUCAUCCGCAGAUUGGCGCUGGAUGACAGCGAAGAAGUGCGCCUGGCGCUCUCCUCCAACGUCUUACCACUGAGCACGCUGCUGAGCGAGCAGUGUUUCGAGAAAAACAUCAUUGCGUUCCUCCUGGAAGUUCUGAGCCGGGAAGACUCGAUAAUGAUCCAGACCAACUUUCUGCUCGGGUUGAGCAACUUCUCAGGAACCGUUGAUCUCACACAGUCGCUCAGCGCCAUCAAGGGCUCAGUGCAGGCCGUCAUCGCAAGAUCGCAAGCCAAUUGGAGGACCAGAAGAAGCAUCCUGUUAACCCUAGUCGACAUUGCCAGGUUUUGCGAUAGCACCUACUUUUCUGAGAACUUCCAGCAGUACUACACGAGCCUUUUGGAGGAUCCAGUGUUCGCGGUGAGGCGAAGCGCCUCCCUAGUGUUGCCGGUUAUCGCCAAACACUACGGCAUCAAAUGGGCGAGAGAACACUUGGUGGAGGUUUUGGAGAAGUUCUGCAACGACAGCCGAUACUUGUAUCGGUUUGUGGCGCUCUUUGGGAUCGCUGAAAUGGUGCAACCGCAGCUUUUUCCUCAGCCCGACUCCUGCUUGGAGGGCUUCAGGAAACUGCUCAGAGCGCCUGAUCCAAAGGCCCAUCGGGCUCUGGCCAAAAUAGCGAAGUCCUGCCGGUGCGUGCAAAGGGAACUCAGCAAAGAGAAAUAUCAGUCCAUUUUGAAGCUAAAGGGCGAACUCAACCACUCCUCCAGCUUCCUCUCGGAUAUUUACACUGAGGCCGAGUUUGCUAAGCUGAAGGCCCUGAAUGGGAGCGUUUACUCCGUGGGAAGUGAGGAUUUGGGCGACUGCCGUGCUCCAUACUUGCAAGGGGUUUUGCAGCUGAUUCACAACACUUUCCUGCCGAUUAUCAGAUACUUGAACGGAGACCCGACGGAAAACGUGCAAAUUGGGGCAAUCUGCACCUUGGGCUUGGUCUGGGACUUUAUCGCCCGGCUCAGCCAGGAGGAGGCGCAGGAGUGGGUGCAGGAGGCCUGCAGGCAACUCCCUUCUGCAGAAUUAGAAAUAAUUCAAAAAGAAGUUGAGGACGAGUUCAUAUCAGCCGAUUACAAGCCAUCAGAGCCCCUGGAAUCAACACCCACUCCGAUAACGUUAACUCCAAGUUAUGUAGAAGAAAAACUUGAUUUCAUAAGCUUGUUCCGCACGAUUACUUUGACGCCAGCAACUGAUGAAAGUAAGUGUGGAAAGCCCAAAACCAAACUAGAUCAAGCAGAAAAACGCGUGCUUCCCUUGAUAUAAUUGAAAGCCGUCUUCGACCAAAUAAAGCGAUUUUUUGCGUU